AUGUUACAAAACCUUUUUGCAGUGGCUGCUGUAUUUAGCUUGGCCUAUAAACUACAGCCUGCUAUUAUAUUCAUUGAUGAGGUGGAUAGUUUUUUGGGUCAGCGCAAGACUACAGACCAUGAAGCACUAACAAACAUGAAGACUGAGUUCAUGGCACUAUGGGAUGGUUUCACCACUGACUCGGUUGGUUUGAUGACUGAUGUUGUCUAUGCGGAGAAUGCCCGCUUAAUGGUGCUUGCUGCAACGAAUCGUCCAUCGGAGCUUGAUGAAGCAAUUCUUUGGCGGCUCCCUCAGGCCUUUGAGAUUGGGAUUCCUGAUCACAGAGAGAGGGUUGAAAUACUGAGAGUGAUUUUGAAGAGUGAGAAGGUUGAAGAUGGCAUUGACUAUGUCCAUAUAGCUGGCUUGUGUGAUGGAUACACUGGUUCUGAUCUUCUUGAGCUCUGCAAGAAAGCUGCUUACUUUCCCAUCAGGGACCUACUUUAUGAUGAGAAGAAUGGGAAGCUAUCUCCAGAACCAAGGCCAUUGUUGCAAAUCAGAUCUGGAGAAAGUUAUUGCCACAUCAAAGAAGACAAAGGUUGCUGCAGGUGA